UAUAUAAAAUAUCAUUUCUUUUUCCUUUUUUACUUUUUCCUAUUGAGAAGCCAAGAACUGGUCAGCACUCAGCAUAUUUGAGUCUUUUGUUGAGAUUUCAAUAUCUUUAAGGGAGCAGACAUUUUUGGGGUUUGCACUUUUUUGAAGUGGGAUUAUUAUCUGAUUCCAGCUUUGCUUUGCACAGUAUUUGGUGCAACAGCUUCUCUACUUUGUAAAGGUCAAGAAUAAGGGCAUGUGAUCUGAAUCAAAGUUAGUUCUUUUGUAGAUUUUUAAUCUCAUAUUUGCUUGAUUUUUUCAGCUGGGUUUGAGCUAUUUCAUCUGUUUUUUACUUUUCUCUCUUCUUCUGAGUUUCUUGGAAAUUUGGGUCUGAAAAAGGAGGGAUUUUUGGAAUUUUUUUUGCCUUCUGGGUUUGGUGUAUUUACUUUUUGGGUGAUUUAGGGAACUGGGUUUUUAGUUAUUUGUUUUAUUUUUAGGGAUUUUGGAGAUUUUAGGGUAUAGGUUAGAGAAAAGUUGACAUUUUUAUUAAGGCUGAGGGGGUGGAUGAGGGAGGUGGGGUUGAAAGUUGGUGUCUUGGUUUGGUUUUAAUGAUAUCUGAGUUUGAUUUUAGGGAUUGAAAAAUAUGGGAUUAGGUAGUGAUGAUGGUGUAAAAGGGGAGUCUUGGGAUGUAGGGAAAUCAAAGGGGAAGAAGAAGAAUAAAGAAGUUGCUGAAGAGGAAACUACUGGAUGUUGGACUAAGUUGUGGUUUAUUGGUAGCUGUAUUUCUUCAAGAUCUAAAGUUGAUAGCUCCAUCAGUGGCAUCAGCAGCACCAACUGUGAGAGUAAAUCUACGAAUGACACAAGCAGAGAUCAACCUGUUGCUCCAAUUAUUUCAUCUACAACUACUAGUAAUGCUGAAAGUAAUUCAUCCACCUCCAAACUUGAAGAGGAACUUAAAGUUUCUUCUCGGCUUCGAAAGUUUGCAUUUAACGAUCUGAAGAUGGCAACAAGAAACUUUAGACCAGAAUCCCUUCUUGGUGAAGGGGGUUUUGGUUGCGUCUUCAAGGGGUGGAUUGAAGAGAAUGGGACAGCACCAGUUAAACCAGGGACAGGGCUUACUGUUGCUGUGAAAACACUAAAUCAUGAUGGACUUCAGGGUCACAAAGAAUGGCUGGCAGAAGUAAAUUUCCUUGGUGAUCUCGUUCAUCCUAAUUUGGUCAAACUGAUCGGUUAUUGUAUUGAAGAUGAUCAGAGGCUAUUAGUUUACGAAUUUAUGCCUCGAGGAAGUUUGGAAAACCAUCUGUUCAGGAGAUCCAUGCCUCUUCCUUGGUCUAUCCGCAUGAAAAUAGCUCUGGGUGCUGCAAAAGGUCUUGCUUUUCUUCAUGAGGAAGCAGAAAGACCAGUAAUAUACCGUGAUUUCAAAACAUCCAACAUUCUGCUAGAUGCGGAUUACAAUGCCAAACUUUCUGAUUUUGGCCUCGCGAAAGAUGGUCCUGAGGGUGACAAGACACAUGUUUCCACUCGUGUCAUGGGAACAUAUGGUUAUGCAGCUCCUGAGUACGUGAUGACAGGACAUCUUACGUCAAAGAGUGACGUCUACAGUUUUGGUGUAGUUCUACUUGAAAUGAUAACAGGUAGGAGAUCAAUGGACAAGAACCGGCCAAAUGGGGAACACAACCUUGUUGAGUGGGCGCGGCCUCAUCUAGGUGAAAGAAGAAGGUUUUACAGAUUGGUAGAUCCUAGACUUGAAGGACAUUUUUCUAUAAAAGGUGCUCAGAAAGCCGCGCAGUUGGCUGCUCGCUGCCUUAGCCGUGAUCCCAAAGCGAGACCUAUGAUGAGUGAAGUAGUUGAAGCUUUGAAGCCGUUGCCAAAUCUUAAAGACAUGGCCAGCUCAUCCUACUAUUUUCAGACAAUGCAAGCAGACCGAGUUGGAUCAAGUCCAAGUACCAGAAACGGCGUUAGAACACAAGGAUCGUUCGGGAGGAAUGGACAACAACAUCCUAGAAGUCUUUCAAUUCCAAAUGGUUCUCAUGCUUCUCCAUACCAUCAUCAGUUUCCUCAGAAUUCACCGAAACCAAAUGGCAAAACUUAGUAUUGGAUUGGCAAUUAUCUGUUUCUACCAUUCUUUUUCUUUUCUCCUCUAGCUAUGAAUAUAUUUUGUCCACCCCCCUAUUUGUCAUUGGAUGACUGGCAAAAGGGUAGGAGUAAAUUUAUUUAAGUUGUGAUCUUUGAAAAUGCUGAACUCCCACUUGAAAAGAAUGUAUUGUAAGCAGAGCUCAAGUCCAUGGAGUAAAUAUUUGUGUCCA